AUGAAAUCUGAAAAAGAAAUAAUAAUAUGGCACACAUUAGCACAUCUUGAGAAUGAGAGUGCCAUUGAGAUAUUGUCUGUAAAUAAGCACGAUGACGAUUUCGUUGAACUGUUAACGAAAACGCAACAAGCCAUCGAAGCGGGUGUUAAUCCAACGCUGAUCACUACUGGUAGUUCUGGAUCGUAUUUUGUGCGCAAUAAAGACGGUGAGAAUAUUGGUGUGUUUAAACCACGCGAUGAAGAGCCGUUCGCAGAACACAACCCGAAAUGGCCGAAGUACUUACAACGAUUUUUGUGUUUUUGUUGUUUUGGUCGUGCAUGUCUCAUACCGAAAAGUGGUUUCCUUUCUGAAGCUGGUGCAUCACUCGUCGACGAACGACUUCAGUUGAAUAUCGUACCAAAAACGCGUAUUAUUCGAAUGGCAUCACCAUCAUUCUUCUAUCCAAAAAGGUUGUGCGGACGUGAUGAAGUUCGCCCUAAAAUUGGCAGUUAUCAGGUUUUACAUUCCCGACAUGAACAUUUGGAACGAGCUUCCUUUAUGGUUUACGUACAAUGUCCAGUGUUACCUGGGGACUGA